AUGUUUUUGGAAAUUCCUCGGUGGUUACUUGCCUUAAUAAUAUUAUACCUUUCCAUACCGUUAGUGGUUUAUUAUGUUAUACCCUACUUGUUUUAUGGCAACAAGUCGACCAAAAAAAGGAUCAUCAUAUUUGUGCUGGGUGAUGUAGGACACUCUCCAAGGAUAUGCUAUCACGCUAUAAGUUUCAGUAAGUUAGGUUGGCAAGUCGAGCUAUGCGGUUAUGUGGAGGACACUCUACCCAAAAUUAUUUCCAGUGAUCCAAAUAUCACCGUCCAUCAUAUGUCAAACUUGAAAAGAAAGGGAGGCGGAACAUCAGUUAUAUUUAUGGUAAAGAAGGUGCUUUUUCAAGUUUUAAGUAUUUUCAAAUUACUUUGGGAAUUGAGAGGAAGCGAUUACAUACUAGUUCAAAAUCCACCGAGCAUACCCAUUCUUCCGAUUGCUGUGCUAUACAAGUUGACCGGUUGUAAACUAAUUAUUGAUUGGCACAAUCUAGCAUAUUCGAUAUUGCAACUAAAAUUUAAAGGAAACUUUUACCAUCCUUUAGUGUUGAUAUCUUACAUGGUAGAGAUGAUAUUCAGCAAAUUUGCUGAUUAUAACUUGACUGUUACUGAAGCAAUGAGGAAAUAUUUAAUUCAAAGCUUUCACUUGAAUCCAAAGAGAUGUGCUGUUCUCUACGACCGCCCGGCUUCCCAAUUUCAACCUUUGGCAGGUGACAUUUCUCGUCAAAAAGCCCUAACUACCAAAGCCUUUAUAAAGAAUUAUAUUCGCGAUGAUUUUGAUACAGAAAAAGGCGAUAAAAUUAUUGUGACUUCAACAUCAUUCACCCCUGAUGAAGAUAUUGGUAUUUUAUUAGGUGCCCUAAAGAUUUACGAAAACUCUUAUGUCAAAUUUGAUUCAAGUUUGCCUAAGAUCUUGUGUUUUAUAACGGGUAAAGGACCACUAAAGGAGAAAUAUAUGAAGCAAGUAGAAGAAUAUGACUGGAAGCGCUGUCAAAUCGAAUUUGUGUGGUUGUCAGCAGAGGAUUACCCAAAGUUAUUACAAUUAUGCGAUUACGGAGUUUCCCUGCAUACUUCAAGUUCAGGGUUGGACCUGCCAAUGAAAAUUUUAGAUAUGUUUGGCUCAGGUCUUCCUGUUAUUGCAAUGAACUAUCCAGUGCUUGACGAAUUAGUACAACACAAUGUAAAUGGGUUAAAAUUUGUUGAUAGAAGGGAGCUUCAUGAAUCUCUGAUUUUUGCUAUGAAAGAUGCUGAUUUAUACCAAAAAUUGAAGAAAAAUGUAACGCAGGAAGCUGAGAACAGAUGGCAAUCAAAUUGGGAACGAACAAUGAGAGAUUUGAAGCUAAUUCAUUGA